AUGUUCUCCGUUACAAAAGCCCAGCAAUGGUCUACUUACAAACAGUCUUACUACCAGGAUCCACACAGUACACGUGUAGUAACCUCUCAUCUUCCUAUCUGUUUCUUAUUAGUUUAUACAUUCUGCUUAACGGGAGUAAGACCAGACGUUCUUGAGCAAACCAUCUUGUUGAGCAAGUCUGUUCAAGGAGUCAUCAGCCUCACCUCUUCCUCUGAUGUAUCCACACAAAGCGUAGGUGGUGUAAGAGCCUGGGAUAGCUCUUCCUUCCUCGUCAACAUUGGCAACGUUGAUCUGGACAGAAGCGUGGUCCUUGGAUUUGAUGAUUCUGUUAGUGGCAGAGCACUUUCUUGGAAUGUACAAUUCAACCUGCCAGGUGAAAAAUUACGCCGCACUUUUCUGAAAAAUCCACCAGGUGGGAAUACGGGGAGGUGCGAGGUGUGGACUUUUGACAGUCACAUCGAGUUUGGCAAGUAUGGUAGCCAGCAUUACAACAGAUACAAUGUGGUAGUGAUACAACAGAUGUCUAUAUUCAACAGUCAGUCCAAUGCUAGUCCUAGAUACGAAAACACCACGCCCAUAGACACAGCCAGAGCUGCUAUGCCGGUGUAA